GCGGACUGACGUAGUUUGUGGAGUGAAUUGUGUUAAAUGUACUUCGAUUCGUGUGGUAUCAUUCAACAUAACUUCAUCGAAAAGCAAUCAAAGGAAGAAUAAAACGUUUUUUAAAAUAACAAUGAACCCAGAAUUCAGAUCAAAAAUUGAUGAAUCUUCGCGAACAGCAGAGGAUUUUACGAAAUUGUACUAUGAUAGCCUGGAUAAGAAGCGGCAUCAAAUGUCCCGAUUUUAUUUGGACAAUGCGAUUGCCGUUUGGAAUGGAAAUGGUACAACCGGAAAAGAAAACAUUCAGACCUUCAUACAAGGGCUGCCAUCAACUGAACAUACGGUGACAACUCUAGAUGCGCAACCAGUAAUUGAUGAUGCUCUAUCAAAUCAGAAAACAUUAUUAAUCAUGGUAUCAGGAAUGUUUCGUAUUCAGAAUAAUUCAGGCAAACAGUUUCAGCAGACAUUCGUGAUCUCGGCUCAAGGCGACAAAUGGAAAAUUGUUAGCGAUUGUUUCCGCAUACAAGACGGACUUGUUGACAAAAAAUUGAAAAAUUGAAAAAUAAAAAUUCAAAUAAAACAUGUUAUUACGAAUUGAAUAAAUUCAUCAAUAUGUUCAGAAGAGCAAAAUAAAAAGA